CCUCCAGCCUAUACUUCAGCCUCCACCUGCUCUUCAGCCUCCACCUAUGCUUCAGCCUCAACCAUGCUUCAGCCUCCAACCAUACUUCAGCCUCCACCUAUACUUCAGUCUCCACCCAUACUUCAUCCUUAACCCAUACUUCAGCCUCCACCCAAACUUCAGCCUCCACCUAUGCUUCAGCCUUCACCUAUACUUCAGCUUCCAACUAUACUUCAGCCUCCACCAGUACUACAGCCUCCACCCAUACUUCAGCCUCCCCCACCCUUGCUUCAGCCUCCACCUAUAUUUCAGCCUCCACCUAUGCCUCAGCCUCCACCUAUGCCUCAGCCUCCACCCAUGCUACAGCUUCACCAAAUACUUCAGCCUCCACCCAUGCUUCAGCCUCCAUCUAUAAUUCAGGCUCACCUGUGCUUCAGCCUCCACCUAUACUUCAGCCUCCACCUAUCUUCAGCCUCCACCAAAUACUUCAGCCUCACCUAUCUUCAGCCUCCACACCUAUUUCAGCUUCACAAAUACUUCAGCCUCCACCAAAUACUUCAGCCUCCACCAAUGCUUCAGCCUCACCAAUACUUCAGCCUCCACCCUGUAUUUCAGCCACCAACAAAUACCUCAGCCUCCACCCAUGCUUCAGCCUCCACCAUGCUUCAGCCUCCACCAUACUUCAUCCUUAUCCCAUACUUCAGCUUCACCCAUGCUUCAGCCUCGAACCUGUCUUCAGCCUCACCAAUUACUUCGUCACUCAACCAUGCUUCAGCCUUAACCCAUACUUCAGCCUCACCAAAUACUUCAGCCUCCACCAAUUACUUCAUCCUCACCUAUACUUCAUCUAA